ACAAGACCGCAUUCAUCUUGCGUAGCUACGUUCUUUCGCCCACCCUUGAGCACUCACGCAUGACGUCAUCAUGAGCGCACCGAAGAGACGCCACUGGGGUUCGUCUGCUGCUGGCCUCCGAAAUGGGCAGAACUUAUCAUCCCUGAUUUGAUGAUUGAUUUCUCACAUUUAUUCACCAGAAAGCAUCAAGAACGAGCGAGAGGCCCAUAAUGUCAUGGAGAGGUGAGGGGAUGGCCGUGGUGAGCAGGCGCUUCUCAGAGCUGAUUGCAGUGGCAUCACUUGCCUGGCAGACAGGCCUGUUCCUCUGCCCUCUGCACUAAGCACCCAGCCCGGACCACCAGCCCCAGUCAGGAGCGCCAUGAAGCCGGCCCACGAGCGUAAUCAGGAGUGCUUGCCCCCCAAGAAGCGUGACCUUCCGGUCAACAACAACAAUAACAACAGCAGCAGCAGCAGCAACAGUGGCUUUACAGGUGGUGGAGGGGUCGGACCAACAGCGACCGCAGCAGGAGGCGGAGAAGAGGCCACCUCCACCCAGAAUGCAGGGGCCAGCAGUGAAGUCCAGAGCGGGGCCGGUGGAGGCGGGGACUGGCUGCGGGCUCAGCAGCAGGCCCUGCACUGCGGCCUGGAAGCGGUGGACGGUGUGGCGGGCCUGCCGCCCGACCAGUACAGCAUGCUAUACAAGGUGGCGCUGCCCUCCGUUUCCUAUGCCCCCACCACCCUGCACCCGGUGCUCAGCCACAUCUCUCCGGCCUACACGGUUCCCUCUUCGCUGCUGCAGCACCACGGGCUGUCCUACCAGCAGCUCGGCUACGCCCAGAUCCCCCACUCCUCGCUGCAGUUCGUCGGCUCCCCGUACGCGGCCAUGCCUUACGCCGUACCCCCUGGCUUCGUCCCCAACCCCCUCAUCUCGCCGCAGUCGGCCAUCCCCCAACCCCACGCCGUCCCACACCUGGUCCCGUACCAGUCUGUCAUCCAGGAGAGUGUGGUGUCGUCCCCGCCCCAAACGCAGGUGUCAGCCCACGCGUAUGCCAAAGUGGCGGCCGCUGCCGGAGGGGUGCCCCUGGUACUCUCCUCUGACCAGGCGGCAGUAGUGGCGGCCCAGCAGCAGCAGCAGCUGGGGGCGGUAGGGGUCCUCUCUGCCGCUGAGCUCAGCCCCAGAGGAGUGCCUGUGUUCUACCAUCCUCCCAGAGCGCAGGCCUCCAGAGAGGCCCUGGAGCAGGAGCGCGAGCGGGAGAGAGACCGGGAGCGAGACAGGGAGCGGGAGCUGAACGGCGGUGAGCGGGAGCAGUCUGCCGCAGCGGCUAGGGAACUGCUCCAGGACUCGGCCCAUGCGCACAGGAGCGCUCGCCUGCUGCAGGAGGCCCAGCAGCACGAACGCAGCCUCAAGAAUCGCCGGCCGGACGAGAGGGCGUCGCCAGGACAGCGCAGCACACCAGACACAGACUUGGAGGUUCAGCAAGUAGUUGGACGUUUGGCCUCUCCAAUCCAGACGGGUAGUCGUAAAGAAGCCCCCCACGGUCCCCUCAACCUAUCCCAGAGUUCCCAGCGGAACAGAGAGGCUCAUGGGGAUGGCCGGACGGUGUACAUGCCACCCCCAGUGGCCACGCCGGCCGACCUGCGAGUGCCAGCGCACGCCCAGCAGGUGGUACCGGCCCAGCCGGGCCACCACGCCGUCAUCCUGGCCAAUGGGCAGCCGGUUCUCAUCCCCCUCGACUACCACCGCCACGCCCAGCCGCAGCAGCAGCAGCCCCAUCCGUACCUCGGCCACCCCAACGAUGCUGCCGCCACGGCCCCCGUGGCCUCCCAGUCGCCCUACCCCAAAGCCCCGGAACAUCCAGCCGCAGCGUGCCUCCCAGAGCGGGCCGGGGCGCCGGAGCUCCAGCAGCCCCCGCAGGCUCAGCUUCUCCCGGCGGCCGUGGCCCUCGCCCCGGUGUCGGUGCCCACCCAGGCCGUGGCCCCCCAGGCUCCGGUCGCCGGCACCGGGCCCUCGCACUUCAUGAAGGGGGCCAUCAUCCAACUGGCCACGGGGGAGCUGAAGCGCGUGGAGGACCUGCAGACGCAGGACUUUGUGCGCAGCGCGGAGAUGAGCGGCGGCCUGAAGAUCGACUCCAGUAUGGUGGUGGACGUGCGGGCCAGCCAGCAGCGGCCGGGCCUGGUGGCGCUGCACUUCAGCGUGGGCGAGCAGCAGAGCAAGGUGACCAUCGACGUGCCGCCCGAGCACCCCUUCUUCGUGUUCGGCCAGGGCUGGUCGUCCUGCAGCCCGGAGCGCACGGCACAGCUCUACGGCCUGGCCUGCCACAACCUGCAGGUGGGCGACGUGUGCGUGUCUAUCGCCCUGCAGCAGCCUCCGGCUGGCCAGCAGAAAGCCCAGUCACAGCAGCCUCAGCAGCACCACCAACUACAACAGCAACAUCAACAACAACAACAACAACAACAACAUCAACAGCAACAACAUCAACAGCAACAACAUCAACAGCAUCAUCAACAACAACAACAACAACAACAACAGCAACAGCAGCAGCAGCAGCAGCUGGUGCAUGCCAGGACUUCCUCCAAAUCCAACUCCACCUCGGGGGCCCUGGCCCAGCCCAUGGGGCCCCCGGCCCCCCAGCACACGCGGCCCCACAGCCAAAGCCACUUCAGGAUGGAGCGCAUCCAGCGCGAGAGGGACAGGGACCGAGAGCGAGAGCGGGACAGGGAGCGGGACAGGGAGCGGGAGAGGGAGCGGGAGAGGGGGGAGAAGGACGAGGCCACGCACGUAGGAGUGCUGGGGCACGGCGAGGCGCCGCCCCGGCCUAACAGGACUUCUGCCGAGCAUCCGCGCAGCCACAGCAGCUACUAUUUGCACACGGAGGGUCACUCGCGGCACGAGCCGGUCAGUAGUGGAGGUGGAGGGGGCUUGGCGCUCACCUCCUCCAGCGCAGCCCAGAGGCGGUGGUCGGCCCCCGGCUCCCAAAGAUACGCCAUCAAGAACGAGGAGGGCCGCAUGGUGGGCCCCGCGCUGCCCGGCCCCUCACGGCCCUCCUUCAUCCCUCAGGAGGUCAAGUUGUCCAUCGAGGGCCGCUCCAACGCCGGCAAGUAGCAGCGGCCACAUUGGUGACGACGGCAGCAGCGGCACGCGCAAACAGCACCAGAUUGUCUGAACGGGAGGGAGGAGCGGCAGCAGGAAAGGGUCCGGACUAGCCGAGAGAGAGGAGCGCAGCAGCAGGAAGAGAGGGAGAGAGAGGACAGUGAAAGAAGUGAGAGAGGAGAGGUGGUGAGAAAGAGAAUGAGAAUGUAGCCUCAGAAUGUUUUUUGAGAUUUUGCACACACAUAAAGUAAAAGAAAACUACACUUUUUUUUUUGGUUUUCUUUUCUUUUCCUGGACUCGGGCAUGUGGAAGGAGAGCUGUUGGAUUACGGGUUGUUUUUGGACCGGCGCCCCCCCCCAGAGCGAGCCUUCUGCUCCUGGUCCUCUCUUAGCCGGCCAACCCCCUCCUCUACCCAAGCCUGUGACCACUCUGCCCUCUCUCCCUCUCUCCAUCUCUUUCUCCUGCAGAUGUCCAGCCGCCAAUCACGUGCUUUUGUUCUCCCUGCCAUGCCAAUUCCAUCUCCUCGGCCCAUCAGAGUGUGGCAGGGAGGGUGAGUGCUGUGCUGGAACCAAGGCGCUCCUAACCCCCCCCCCCCCCCCGCCUACAUUUGUGUUUUUCCACUGCAUCCUCACCCUAUGAUCUAGUGACUUGUGAAGUUUAGUUUCCCUUUCUUACUGUCACUUUUAAAACCCACUGCUUGGAAAAAAGACAAAAGGCACACUUGAACGUUAUUUCUGUAUGCAGAAAUCUCCUCUCUGGGGCUCUGGUCUCCGGUCAGAUGCUAUCCUAUUGACCUCUCUCACAUGUCCGCACCCUGAACACUUCUUCCUUCCUCUUGUGUCUUGUCUCUCAGGGUGCAUCAAUGUUUUGGGGAUGGUGGUGGGCGGUGGUAGGGGUGGUGAUUCAGGAGAUUCAAUCAAUCAGAAGGACACCUGGAGGAGGGCCUCAGAUGCUAACAGCCGCUCCCAUGUCGAAUCAUAAGCUCGCCCGAUGACAUCACACGCCACCCGUGCCACGGUUACACUAUCUGUUAUAUUGUUUCAUUUUUUGAGCUUGUUUUGGUUGUCUCUUCUUUUCUUUUCUUUUCUUUUCUUUUCUUUUCUUUUUCUCUGGUGAGAUUCUAAAACCCUUCAUUCCAGUGUCCUAGCGUGGCGGCUUCUCAGUACCUCUAUGGACAGUAUACCUCUGUGUGUGUGUGUGUGUGUGUGUGUGUGUGUGUGUGUGUGUGUGUGUGGGGCUGUGUAUUUCUAGCCAUUGACUGUUGGUUCAGCCAUGCUUGUGCGUGCUUUCUCCUGCCUAAGAGGUAAUGUUUGGUGUGCACCAAAGUCCCCACCCUUACUUCUCCUUCUCUUCCUCCUCCUCCUCCUCCUCCUUGUCUUCCUCCACCUGUAUAAUCACAGAGGAAAGCCGGGCCUGGUUGCCGAUGAUUGGCUGAUCUCUGUGGUCAUCGCCACGGCGACAUGAGUGCCCCACCCCACCCCUCCACCCCCAACUCCUGUGCGGUUACCAAAACCAGAAGCAAUAGGCCAGUCCGAGCACAAGGCUGGUUAUGUUCACCACUCAGUUUUGUUGCAGGUUUGUGGGGGAUGGGGUGUUGUGAUUUUAAUAUGAGCUCUGAUUUAGUAUAUGUUUGUGCUGCAGCCAUAGUCUCCUCCCCGCAGACCUGCGAUCAUCUAUGCCCAGCCCUACUCCACUUCCAAGUCAAACCCACUUGGUCCCCAAGUUUUAGAGAGAAACACUCUUUAUUUUUUAUGUUCCAGCAGUUACUACAGAUCUACUGUCAAAUCAAAGCAUGUUGGUUUUUAACUUUUUACCCAUUGUUCAGAAACAUGAAACCGACGCUCAACGUGUCUCCAAAUCUGUGCAGUCAGACGCUUUCGCUCACCCGUCUGCGUUGUUCCAGGGAUCCAUAACGAUCUACCUUUCCAAACGCCACCAAGAGAGAGACUGCUCCCGGUCAGCGCUCGCUCGAGAGCUUUUCAAAGUCUUUUUCUUCCCCUCUUUUUGUAGUCCAUGUUUUCUUGUACAGUAUAUAGGAAUCCUCUCUUCUUCUUACUGUCUCUGGCAAUAUUAAUACUGCGUGGUUCUUAAGAUUGUCUUGUAUUGCACAUAUUACGGAUUUUCACCAGUUGAUUCACACUGACGUUUUAAUGGAAAUUAAAUCUAUAUGACUAUUUUAGCUUUUUUAAAUGAUGAAGGGAAAGACAAAGUUGAGUUUUUUUUUUUCAAGUGUGAAUGGGAAGGUGUUUGAGGAUUUGUUGGUGGCUGGAAAAUACUGACUGGCAUGGCGGACACUGUUUACAAACUUAGCCAAGAGAAAUGCUGCGGUUUGAGUUUUCUUACACUGAGGAUGAUUUAGUUACACAUCUAUAAAUGGUGGAAAUUAAGUGCAAUUAGACCCGGUGUUUAAAACGUAAUGAGAGAAAGAAGAAAAAAAACGGUUGGAAACGGCAUUCCAAAAAUCACAUCUGACAUUCCCAUUAUUAAGAGUGUAAGUCACCGUUUUGAGUAUUCUUUCUUUGUUGUUGUUAUUGUUGUUGUUUUUUUUUGGUUCAUUGUUACUCCCCUUCUGGUCCUUUCCUGCAUGAGGUGUUGCGUAACCCCCCCCCCCCCCCCCCCACAAUUUUUGUUUCUUACUGACAAAUGGCCGAAGGAUUUUCCACAUUCCCAUAGUCUAAUCUUAUUUCUUCCAAUCUCGCAGUAGGCAUGAAAUCAAGAUGAGUUAAGCAUUGUCUUCUCCGUUCACCCAGAUGGAGAUGUUGUUUAUAAGGACCUUCCUCCUGACUCGACCGAGUCAUGAGGCUCGGGCCUCUCAACACAUAUCGCUAGUUGGAUAUCUUCAUGUGAUGUCAGCUUUUUAAAAACCCUGCAAUAAUCAUUAACCAGAUUUGAUAGUGAGGUUCAGUUUUAAUACUUGUUUCUUUCAGUGACGGCAUGUUAAUAUCACAGGCUCUCACAGUCGGUCCAUCAGAACAAAUGUAGUCUCCUCCAUGCUUGAGGUCUGUGCACAGUCUUAAGUGGUCCUGUAUUUCAUAGUAACCAUGAGAGCCUCUUACUUCAGCGCACGUUCCCAGCUGAGGCACUGGUGUAGAACCCGCCCUGUAAAUCUUUAGUGAUUCUUUGACAACACUGCCUCAGUGCACUUUACCCCCCCCCCCCAACACCUGAAUAGAUAGACAGCCCUCUGAAAGAACAGCACCCCACCCCACCCCACCCCACUCCCGGCCCUUUGAAAGAACAGCACCCCACCCCACCACACUCCCGGCCCUCUGUAAGAACAGGGACCGGACCACUCUGCUGCACGACAGACAGACUUCUCUCCACCUCGCAGUAUUCCAUUUUUAUCUGUGCAUGUGGUUAGGUCGGCUUCGACCUCGUGACCAAAACGUUACUCAUCCGUUGCACGGCAGAUGCAGUGCGCUCAUAUGGGGCCACGGGGCCAACACCACACAGGCACUCUCAGUUUCACUCUAUUUUUCCUCAUAUUGAUUUUUUUUUUCAGGUUCAGUGUAUGGAUGUGUCAGGUUUCUGGUGUCUGAGAAGCAAUAUCCUCGAACAAAAUACCUGAGAAAAACAAGUCAUUUUUUUUAAGCAUGUGCUAUGCAGUAAACCUUUUGAAAUAUUCCCUCUGCAUCCUGUCCCCAGCCAUCUGCUGAAGAACAACCCUCUCUUCAGCUGCCUCUAAUGUUUGAACCCCUUACUCCCCACUGAGUAGUCCUACCAUUCAUUCGGUUGCUUGAUCUCCUGUAGGAAUAUGUAGGUUUGUAUUCUUCUUAAAUUUCUCUUUUUAACUGUUUUGAAGCAGUCCCAAGUACUGUAGGUGUUGUCUUGAGUAAUCAGCAUGGCCUAUUACCUCUUCACUUUGCUAGCUGUUUGCAUCUGGUAGCACGGUAGCGUUUUUCUCUUGCGCUGAUGAUUUAAGACAGCACAGCGAUGAUGAUGUCGAUGGUGGUGAUGAUGACGAUGACAGUCAUGCUAAUGUCAGUGCCGAAUGGUUACGCUUUUCUCUGGGUCCUUCCUGUGUACUGCCUUACCAAACGUCUGCCCACUCCGUUCUCUGUUAUUGUCGCGUUCUCCGUAGUCAGGGCGGCCCAUGAUGGCGUUUUGCACUUGGGUUUUCCACUGACUCUACGUGUGUGAGAUUGACCCAGCACACUCACCCGCGACGAGACAAGAAGAGGCAGUGGCUGCAGAAGCUGUAUGUGUGCCUUCCUAUUGUCCACCCUAGUCCGAGUCCUCCCCCCUGCUCCCUUUAAUCCUCACAGAAAGGCCCGUCUGGUCUCCGAGUGUGAGAAUUCAGUGUCUGUGUGCUUGCUCAAGACCCUUCUCCUGUUGUAGUCUGUGUCCAUGAGUCUCAUAUUGACCCCUAGCGUGUGAGAUGGGUCUUGUGUCGUUUGGCCAAGUCUGCUGUAAGUCUCCUCCCCGUGGGCCACUGCUCCUGUUCUAUCGUCCACCCCGAGUGUCUGGAUUCGGUUUAGCUCCAGCCUCCCGUCUCACGACCCCCCCCCCCCCCCCAACCCCCUGCGAUGUUUGUCCUGACACCUCACACGAGCAAUCACAGUCACACGAGCAGUAGCAUAGCAUAGCAUUAGUCCAUAGGGUAACCUUCCCCCUCACCGUACGUACGUACAGCCCCAUGUCCUGAAGUCUACCCCUCGGGAUAGGGUGGAGAGAUGAC